UUUACGGUAAAGGUUGUUUCAGUUCUUUAUGAAUUGAGUAUUAAAUUUAUCAACCACCGUGUUGUGAAUUGCCACGCGUCAACAUUGAACUAUUUUCAAGAUUUAAUUUUUUCUCAAAGUAAUUAUAUAGAAAACAAUAAUACAAUGUCAGUGAUUGCUGUAAUCAGAAAAUUCUUUCAAGAAUACUCUAAAAGCACACCUAAAAAACUGAAAAUUAUUGACGCUUAUCUGCUAUACAUUUUCCUAACCGGUGUGAUUCAAUUUGUAUAUUGUUGUCUUGUUGGUACAUUCCCAUUUAACAGUUUUCUCAGUGGAUUUAUUUCAUGUGUAUCUUGUUUCAUACUCGCAGUUUGCCUGAGACUGCAAGUAAACCCACAGAACAAAAGUCAAUUUUAUGGAAUAAGCCCAGAACGUGGAUUUGCUGAUUUUAUAUUUGCUCACAUAAUUUUGCAUCUGGUAGUUAUGAAUUUUAUUGGUUAAAAUUAAAUACAACCACUUUUUAUUAUCUUUAUAUGAACUAUGUUGUACUGUGACUGUUUAUAAUGCAAUAAAUUAUUCUUGUCAAAUUAAAAAAUGUAAUGAGAAAUUUUUUAACAAUUGUGUUCAUUUCUACGAAU